UCAUUUCCUUCAUCUGUCGGUCCAACCUCUCUCCCCCAAAUCAAAACCCACGAAAACACAAAUCGAUCUCCAUUUCUACCUCUCUCAUAGCUCGAAUUUUGGAGCUUUAAUGGAGUCGUCUUCACCAUCACCAGCUUCGCGAGAACUGAAUGAGGUACAAACAGAUCUUCCUUCAUCUGUAAGACCCGUUUCGAGAACCGGAGCUCCGAAUAAUAUGGUUAUGGGGAAACAUCGUCUUGCUGCUGCAAUUGCUGCUCUCAAUCAGCAAAUCAACAUCAUUCAGGAAGAAUUGGAUCAGCUUGAUUCAUUUGGUGAAGCUUCACUCGUUUGCAGAGAAUUAGUUUCAAGUGUUGAGUUAAUACCUGAUGCUCUCCUUCCAGUGACUAGAGGGCCAAUAAAUGUUCAUUUAGAUAGAUGGUUUCAUGGGGGCAAUGACUCAAGACGCAACAAACGCUGGAUAUGAAAAAGGAAUUUGUACCAAAAACUACGUAAAUCAAUUCGAAUACCCUCUUCUUUUUUGGUUUAUUUUGUAAUUAAAUUUUUAAAUUUCUGUGUUUUCUUGACUACUAUAUUAUUAGGUCUUUAAAUUCUAUAUAUAUCUGCUGUUGAAUAUUGCAGAUGAAAUAAUGCAGGUAAGUAUGCUUUGUAACUCUACACUUUCCAAGUAUUAA